AGGCGAGGGGAUUAUUUGCGCUAUCAGUCAGAAGUAGACACGACAAAUGAGGAGUUCAAAGAAAAAGCUCGCGAGGCUUACAAUGAAGCCUCUUCAGUUGCUUCUGAAGUACUCUCAGCCACCAACCCCGUGCGUCUUGGUUUGGCCUUGAAUCACUCAGUUUUCCUCUAUGAAAUCGCCGAUGACCACAAAGCAGCUUGUGACAUGGCUCAUGCAACCCUCCAGGAGGCUGUUGCCAAUCUUAGUGAGACUAAGAAGGAGGGUCAACCAGAAGUUUGUAUCAUUCUUCAACUCCUCCGUGAUAAUCUCUCAAUAUGGUCCACGGAUUCAGUUGAGGAUGAAUAG